CUCAACAACGACAACGAAUCCGAUUCUCACGUUACCGCUACUCGCGUCGGAAUCAAUACAACAAAUUACAAUAUGAGCUACAACAAGGGCGAGAAGGACUUCGGCGAAGGACCGAAGGUCCACCGAAUCCGUAUCACGUUGACUUCUCGCAAUGUCAAGUCUCUCGAAAAGGUCUGCGCUGAGCUGAUCGACCGUGCGAAGUCCAAGGAACUGCGCGUUAAGGGUCCUGUCCGUAUGCCGACCAAGAACCUCAAGAUCUCGACCCGUAAAACUCCCAACGGUGAGGGUUCCAAGACGUGGGAUAUGUAUGAGAUGCGAAUUCACAAACGCCUCAUCGACCUCAAUGCCCCGACCGAAGUUGUUAAGGCCAUCAUCAUUAACAUCGAAGCUGGUGUUGAGGUCGAAGUCACGAUCGCGGCAUAAAUGACUCCCAGCUGGAGGAAAAAAUUAUCGGUGUCAUAUGCGUAGUUCAACGGAAUGCAUGUUGUCUACAUCGAGGUCAGCGAUAUGCUGCACCCGUUACUUUUGACAACAACAAGUCAUUACUGAGCUUGCCGAAUACAGCAGUAUAGCGCAUAGCUGUGCUAUGAAACUUAAAAAGACCUUACAUUUUCAUCUCAUCGUAGCUGUGCUCUCAGUGUGCCUUACUCUAUUGUGCAGCAGAAUCCCAAUCGCCUCCCAGGUGACCAUAGACCAGUAUGAGCCAUUUUUGUAAAUCAGAAUGACUCAGUCAUAAGUUAAGGUAGAAAAUCCCAAUAGAAAGUCUUUGCUAAUAA